AUGGCACUGGUUGUUGUAUUAGGAGCUGGAGUCAUUGGGUUGACAACAGCCUUGGAGUUAAAGCGCUCUAAUGCUAAACUUGAUAUAACUAUAGUAGCUGACCAUUUACCAGGUGACAUUGAUCACACAUACACUUCACCAUUUGCGGGGGCCAAUUGGCAUUCAUUUGCAACUCCUGAAGAUAAACGUUUACAGGAGAUUGAUAAACCUGGCUACAAAAAGUUUUUACAGCUUGCUGCAGCUGAUCCUAGAUCUGGUAUUUGGGCAGUAGAUAAUCUUUCAAUGUAUACAGAUUAUGAAGUAACUUCAAAUAACGGUAACUAUAGAAAGUUCGUUCCCUGGUUCAAGGAUUUUGUUGAUGGAUUUGAGAUUGUCGAUAAACUGAAAUUACCUGAAGGGAUAGCUUUUGCUCACAAAUUCAAAGGUGUUGUUAUAUCUGUUCACACAUAUUUGAAUUAUCUUGUCCAACAAAACAAGGAGAUUGGAAAUGUUAUUAAAAGAAUUCCUCAAAUCCACCACAUUGAGGAUGCUCGAAAGUUUCAUAGUUCUGGUAAGAAAGCCGACUACGUCAUCAAUGCGGCUGGCUUGAAUGCAUCUAAAAUAAAGGGUGUUGAAGAUAAAAAGUUCAAUUUCCCUGUGCGGGGCCAAGUUUUGCUUGUCAAAAACAAUGCUAAAAUACAGUUGGGUGUUGAAGGGUUUCCUGGUUUGCCCAAUGAAAUGUUGUACAUGAUGCCUAGAAAAGAAGGAGGCACGAUUAUAGGUGGUUGCUUUUUAGAAGGGAAUACUUCAGUUUCAGAAGAUAAAGAAUUGACUGCGAGAAUCAUAAAAAGAGCCAUCAAAUAUGCACCAGAAUUGGUUGACCCAAAUUACAAAAACAACCCCAGUAAAAUCGAGAUUGUUAAAGUAAAUGUGGGGUUCAGACCAUUUAGAGAAGAUGGUGCAAGAGUAGAAGUGGACAAAAAAUAUAAAUGGUUAAUUCACAAUUAUGGUGCUGGUGCUGGAGGAUAUCAAGGAAGCUUUGGUUUGAGUAAGUUAGUCGUUGACAUUAUGGAAAAAGAAUUGAGUAAAUUCAAAUCAAAAUUAUAA